UGGCCGGGGAUGGAAAUUGGGCGAGGAGGGAGUUCCCAGUUCCGAACUUCCGAUUGCACUUUUGACUAGAGUCGCUGGACUUCGGACUCGGAGAGGCAGCGAAGUGAACACUACUACUGCUACAUACUUCCAAGGCGUUGAUACGAAAAUGACACAUUUUACAAUCCAGGCCAAAGAGGUCGAGGGGCUUUUUGGUAAAAGCGCUUUUGCAUAGUUUCUCACAAUCACAUUUCCUGGACCCUCGCUGGUGGUGGUGGUGGUGGUGGUGGUAAAUUGGUAAUCGCAGCGGCAGAAGCUGCAUCACCGGAGCUUGGGAGGUGGCGACGAGAUCAUUAUGCACGGCCUCUUCCACGCCAACUGUUGCAGAAGCAGAUACUUUUAUAGCAGCUCCUCAGUACGCUCCCUACAAAGUGAACGAAUCGGCUGUCCCCAAACCAGAUUGAACAGAAAGGCAAGUCGAUCUAUACUGACGCCAGAAAGAGUUACCGACAGGAAGAAUACAUCUCUCAUUUCGGAUGCAGAGGUUGUGAGAUGGAACAUGUCCAUCAGCAAGCACAUGCGCAACGGCCGCUGCGACUUGGCUCUUCAGCUCUUCCAGACCAUGGCCCGCCGAACGUCCGUCUCUUGGAACGCCAUGAUUUCUGGCUACCUCAUCAAUGGCAGAUUCGACCUUGCCCGUCAAUUCUUCGAUAGGACGCCCGAUAAAGACCUCGUUUCUUGGAACGUAAUGCUUCAUGGUUACGUUCGGAAUCGUAACCUCAGUGCUGGUCGUGCACUGUUUGAUAUGAUGCCUAAACGAGAUGUUGUGUCAUGGAAUACCAUGUUAUCGGGUUAUGCUCAGGGUGGCUAUGUCGACGAAGCUAGGGAGAUCUUCGAUCGGAUACCGGACAAGAAUUCUAUAUCAUGGAAUGGGAUACUUUCUGCCUAUAUACAGAAUGGACGGAUCGAGUCUGCCCGUCAGCUCUUUGACUCUAAAUCAGAUUGGGAGACAGUUUCUUGGAAUUCGAUGAUGGCAGGGUAUUUGCGGAAGAAGAGACUGGUUGAUGCUAGAUGCCUUUUUGAUAGAAUGCCUGAGAGAGAUGAAGUUUCUUGGAAUACCAUGAUCACUGGUUAUGCCCAAAAUGGAGAAUUACUCAAGGCACGGAAGUUGUUUGAAGAAUCUUCGAUCCGGGAUGUGUUUACAUGGACCGCUAUGGUGUCUGGGUAUGCCCAGAAUGGGAUGUUGAUGGAAGCCAGGAGAAUCUUUGAUGAAAUGCCUGACAAGAAUUCUAUUUCAUGGAAUGCAAUGAUUGCUGGUUACUCGCACUCUAGUAGAAUGGACCUCGCAAGGGAAUUGUUUGAUGCAAUGCCCUGCCGUGAUAUUAGUUCUUGGAAUACUAUGAUUACUGGGUAUGCACAGAAUGGAGAGAUUGAUAAAGCUUGGAGUCUGUUUGAUGAGAUGCCUCAACGAGACUCCAUCUCAUGGGCCGCUAUUAUUGCUGGGUAUGCUCAGAGUGGUCAUAGUGGAGAGGCUCUGUGUCUUUUUAGAGAAAUGAAGAGAGAUGGAGAAAGACUAAAUAGAUCUACUUUUACCUGUGCCUUGAGCACUUGUGCAGAUAUUGCAGCCCUGGAGUCGGGAAAGCAAGUGCAUGGACGGCUUGUAAAGGCGGGAUUUGAGACAGGUUGCUAUGUGGGGAAUGCACUUCUUGCGAUGUAUUGCAAAUGUGGGAGCAUAGCUGAAGCCUAUGAUGUGUUCAUAGAAAUGCCAGAGAAGGAUAUCGUCACAUGGAACACAAUGAUCAGCGGUUAUGCCAAGCAUGGUUAUGGUAGGGUAGCUCUGAAGGUUUUUGAAUCAAUGAAGAUGACGGGUAUUAGACCGGAUGAUGCCACCAUGAUUGGUGUUUUGUCAGCAUGUAGUCAUACUGGCUUAGUUAAUAAAGGCACAGAGUACUUUUAUUCAAUGGAAAAAGAAUAUGGUAUAACAGCUAAGGUACAACACUAUACUUGCAUGAUAGAUCUUUUAGGCCGAGCAGGUCGAUUGGAAGAUGCUCAAUUGCUCAUGAAGAACAUGCCUUUUGAACCAGAUGGGGCGACAUGGGGUGCUAUACUUGGUGCAAGUAGGAUUCAUGGUGAUACCAAAUUAGGUGAGGAGGCUGCCAAGAGGAUUUUUGAGUUGGAGCCUGAUAAUUCUGGGAUGUAUGUUCUCCUUUCGAAUUUAUAUGCAUCUUCAGGUAGAUGGAAUGAUGUUGGUAAAAUGAGAUUGAUUAUGAGGGAUAGCGGUGUGAGGAAGGUUCCUGGAUAUAGCUGGAUCGAGGUUCAGGACAGAGUUCACACAUUCUCGGUUGGAGAUUCAGUACAUCCCGACAAAGACAAAAUAUAUGGUUUCCUAGAGGAAUUGGAUCUGCAGAUGAAAAAGAACGGUUAUGUUUCCUCAACAAAAAUGGUGUUGCAUGAUGUGGAAGAGGAGGAGAAGGAGCACAUGCUUAAGUAUCACAGUGAAAAGCUAGCUGUGGCAUUUGGAAUUCUGACUAUACCAUCAGGGAUCCCAAUCCGGGUGAUCAAGAACCUACGGGUAUGUGAAGAUUGCCACACUGCAAUAAAACACAUAUCCAAGAUUGUGAGACGGUUGAUAAUCUUAAGAGAUUCGAACCGCUUUCAUCAUUUUAAUAAUGGUAACUGUUCAUGUGGGGAUUAUUGGUGAAAAACCAAAGGUAGAGCUGGUUCUAGAGAUUCUGCAAGGUUUGUAGUUGUUGUACCGUUGAUUGAAGUAGCACGUAUUUGCGGCGAGACAUUCUUGGAUGGUGUGGUGUGCCUAUUAUUUUUAACUCCUUGAAUGAAGGACCACAGUGGGCAGCUAUUCCUGGCUCUGAGACCAUAAAGAAAAUUAUUAACUCACAACCCAUCUACUGUUGGAAUUUCACUUUUAAGUGACCUGGCUACAGAUUGUGCUGGCCGCCAACCUGCCACAAGACUCUUGCUUUACUUCAGCCUAGAACCGGCAGCAACUUGACUGAGACAGAAAGGCAAAUUCUGUCCUUUCCAUGAUCUUUCUUGGCAACUGGGGUCCCAUAUUAUAUAAAAAGGGGUACCCGGUACACAAGGCUCCCGCAUGUGCGAGGUUGGGGGGGGGGGCGAGCCCUACCUUGAGAAUGUCGAGAGGCUUGAAGUAUUUGCAAGAAUAUAUUAGAAUUUGCUGGUGAUUUUUCAGGUUACCCGCUUAGUGAUCAGGAGCCGGGCCUCACUGUGGAGUUUCCAUCUGAGGACUGGUGGGUCCCUGACAAGUUCGAGUACAGUGCCGAUUGCACGUGCGAGGAUUGUACUACAUGGCAACUGUGACUCCUAAAUGAUUAUUUUUUAUUAUUUUUGAUGUAUUUCCUUUUGUUACUUGAUGCUUAAAUUGUUAUGUUUAUAUAUAUAUAUAUAUAUCAUGCCUUCGGGCCCAAAUGUAUGUAACCUUUAUAAUUCAAUUUGGGUAUCAAGUAUUUGGGAAACAAUUGCAGGUAUUAUUAUGAACAUGUCUUCUGCUGAAAAUAUAGGUCUGAUCUUAUAUUAGUA